AUGUCGUCCAAGCUGGAUGCCCCCAAACAAUUCAAGCAGCCUUCUCGCAAAGGCAAGAAGGCCUGGCGCAAAAAUGUGGACGUCACUGAGGUGCAGGAAGGCCUGCGUCUCCUGAAGGACGAAGAGAUCAAAGGUGGUGUUGUUGCUGAGAAGCCUUCCGAGGAACUGUUCACACUUGAUACUGUUGGAUCGGCGGAUGUGCGCAAAUCUAUUUCCAAGAGACACAAGACGCUCAAGGCCGACGAGAUUAUUGCUCAACGAUCUGCGAUCCCUGCUAUCGACUCUCGCAAGCGUACCAGCUCCAUUGUCACCGAUGGUGUUAUCGAGCCUAAGACCAAGAAGCACAAGAAGGAUUGGGUUAGCCAGAAAGAAUUGCAGCGCUUGAAGCAGGCCGCCCGGGAUGCGGACAUCACCAAGAAGGGCAGCAACGAUAUCUACGACCCCUGGGUGGAUGAAGCCGACGACUCCGCCCCUGUCGAGGAUCCCCGCUUCGACUUCUUGCCUAAGCCGAAGGCCAAGGUCGCCCCCGAGACUUUGAAACAUGCACCCAUUUCUCUUGCCGCCAACGGAAAGCCUAUCCCCUCCGUGAUCAUGCCCCGGGGUGGAGCUAGUUACAACCCUCAAUUCGAAGAAUGGGACCGUCUUAUCCAAGAGUAUGGCCAGGAGGCCGUCGAGACUGAGAAGCAACGUCUCGAGGAGGAAUUGAAAGAGGCUGAGAAGCAACGCCUAAUAGAGGCCGCCGAGGGUGACGACGGCGAAGUCAAGUCCGACGACGAAAGUGCCUGGGAGGGUUUCGAAAGCGAAUACGAGAAGCCCGAGUGGCUGAACAAGAAGCGACCCGAGAGAAAGUCUAAGACGCAGCGUAACAAGAUUAAGCGACGCAAGGAAGCCGAGAGGCAAGCGAAGUGGGAAGAGAAGAAGGCGAAGAGAGAGGCACAGCUUGAGAAGGCGCAAGAACUUACCGAGAAUGCCGAUCAGAAGGCUGAAGAGUCCGAUGCGGAUGAUUCGGACGAGGACGAGGGAGAUGAGAUGAAGCUGCGACGGAAGCCUUUGGGCGGCAAGCUUGCUGCCCCCAACAAGCGUCUGGAGCUGGUUCUCCCCGAUGAAUUGCAGGAUUCUCUCCGUCUAUUGAAGCCGGAGGGUAACCUGUUGGACGAUCGAUUCCGCACGAUGAUCAUCCAGGGCAGACUCGAGGCUCGUAAGCCCGUGAGCCAGGCCAAGAAGGCCAAGAGAAAGGUCACAGAGAAAUGGAUGUCUAAGGACUUCUCGAUCCCCGGCCUGUUUUGA